UCUUCCCUCCGAUCCCGCUCCUCCGUGUGCGAGAAGCCAAACCUCCCCGCGUGGCGUGGAUAGAGAUCGCAACCCCCGCGAGAGCGCACCGCUCUUCCCUCUCUCUUCGAUCCCAAAUCCAUCGUCUUCCAUCCCUCUCAUCCCCCCAAUUUCACGAAGCCGAGGCCUUCCUUGCUCUGAUGAAGGGCCGGUCUCAUCCCCUACCGACGGCGGACCCGCCUGAUGACUGGGGCGACGGUUCCUGGACCGUGGAUUGCUCCUGCGGCGUCACCUAUGAUGAUGGCGAGGAGAUGGUGAGCUGCGACGAGUGCGGCGUCUGGGUGCACACGCGUUGUUCCCGAUUCUCCAAGGGGGAUUCCUCUUUCGCCUGCCAUAAGUGCACUGCUCCAUCUUCUUCCUCUGCUCAUGCUAUUGGAGGCGAUGCCGAAGAGACGGAGGUCGCCCGCCUCCUUGCUGAGCUCCCCACCAAGGCUGGUUACUCCUGCUUUCCGAAUCCUUCUCCUCCGCGGCGCCCCGUCCGCCUCUGGGCGGAAACCCCCCUCGAAGAUCGGGUCCAUGUGCAAGGGGUUCCCGGUGGGGAUCCGGCUCUCUUUCGCGGUCUCUCGUCUGUUUUCACCUCCGAGUUGUGGAAGUGCACCGGGUAUGUGCCUAAGAAGUUUAAUUUCCAGUAUAAGGAGUUUCCUUGCUGGGAUGAAAAGGAGGGGGACGAGGAGGAAGAGGAUGAGAAUCCUGCGAACCGUGGUGCUGGCGUACUGUUCUCGUUGUCGAAGGAGAUUCUUCCUCGCGUACCCAGCGCGAGAAAUUUCGAUUGGAGGUCAUCAGAAGGAGUGAGGAAGCGUGAGGGUGUUAGGCCUUUGGGCGGCGGCAGCCGCUCCCAGAGCAGUGGUAAGAAGGAAAGAAAUAACCGGUUUCGGGUAGUUGGAGGCCAUUCUGGCAAGCGAAAGAAGGAGGACCAGGGUGAAGGAAAGGACCGGAGCUCGAAGAAAAAGGCCAGGAGCAUAGCUUAUAAGGCCAUGGAGGCUAACAACAAGAGAGGUUCAGUUGGUCGUGUCAACAAAUCUGACAUGUUUGAGGACGGCAGUCUUCAGGUUGCAGAGUCUAAUCUUGAAGAUCAGAAGAUGGUGGAUACAAAGAAAGGCCUUUCAGAAUUAAAUUCCGGUGAUCACCUGGUAGAGGAGGAUAAAGUCAGCACAAAAUCUGGUAACACUAUAGUUGUUAACGCCCAAAGGGGAAGUUUUUCUGAUCAAGGAUUGAAGCAGAAUAACUCGGAAGCACCUGUAAAGGUUGGAAGAGCUGAACAGUUGGAUAUUGUAAAAACCGAGAAUGCUACUGAUGAUGAUGCUUUCAUUGCAGCUGGAGGUCAGGGAAAUGAGCCUGUCAAGGUUUUGGUUAAAGAAGAGGAUGUCAGCAAUGUUGUACAUGGCUUAAAACAACCAAAUGAUGGGGAUCAUCAUGAAGGUGUUGUGACAGGCUCUGAGAACUCAAACCAUGUUGAUACUAUUCCACAGAACACUCAUCUGGGAAUAAUCGAUUCUACAAGGCCUCCAGAUGCAAAUGGUACAAUUUUACUCAGUUCUAAAAUGUAUGAAAUUGAAGUGAAAAGUGAAUUCGGUGGUGAGCAAAUCACAGAAAAUGCAGAAUUUCAAUCACAUCCUACAACAAAUGGCAUAUUGGCUGAUGCGCAUCAGGUGCCGUGGAAGCCACACAGUUCCAUGUGCUGCUCAACUGAGAAUCCUCAGCAGCAUGAACCCAUUAGCUGUUUGCAACCUGAUGAACACAGAUCACAUGGAGAGGUAGUGGAUGAAUCAGCAGGGUUAGUGGUAGCCCCUGAAGGUUCCACUGGAGGGAAGCUUGACUCAGUAAAUGCCCUAGAGUCCCUGAAAUCAGGAGACCCAGACAUCAGUCAUUCUACUUGCGAUGCUUGUGAAUUGGAUAACGGUGGCAGGAUAGUUUCACCAAUACAGGGUACCUCAAGAGGUGACUCAGCAGGACCCACUAGUUCUUUAGAAGAAAAACAUGACUCCAUUGCUUAUGAUUCCCCCAAAUCAGCAGGGCCAUACACUGGUCAACCGGCUAGCAGUGGUCAUAAAGGUCUGGGAAAAAUUCCUUCAUCUGCACUAGUCAGCUCUAGAUCAGUUUUGGGAAAGCCUGAUUCGGGAAAGUCUGAGUCACCAGGUAUUGCAGCAUCCUUGACAACUAUGAAGGCUGUUCACUCAUCCAAACCACAUCGAGUGAAGGUAAACACAUCUUCUGUGGGCAAGAAAGAAGAUGUGACUAUUGGAGUAUCACCAGAAGAAAGUACACAAGUGAUUUCAAAGCAUCCAACAAAGGACAAUUCUAGAGUUUCCACAUAUUCUGAAUCCAUAUUAUCACAGCCAAGCAAAAUCUCUUACGCUUCUGCUUCUAAGCAUGAUUUAUCAGAUCCAAAAGAAAAGCAUGCAGGUUCAUCUUCUAGAGCUUCCAUCAGAGAGAAUAUGGGAAUAUUGAGUGAGGUGAAUACUCAAGGUGCAUCUUCGGUUCAAAUCAAAGUGAAAUCUUCAACAUGCCAAAAAAAUGAAAAGAACAAUCAACCGUUUUCUCAACCAUCAUCAAAGAUUUUCAAUAAUUCAAUUGGUAUGCGGCUGCCAACCUCAGUUAAUACUCUAAAUGCAGGACUGAGUGAUGAAGAGCUAGCACUAUUGCUACAUCAACAACUAAACAGCUCUCCUAGAGUUCCUAGGGUGCCCCGAGUGCGUCAAGCAACUGGUAUGCAGUUGACCUCUCCAACUGGCACAAGUAUGCUAUCAAAGCGGUCUUCCUUCUCUGGAGGAAAAGAUCAUGUUGUGGUUCCUAGAAGGAAGAACAAGGAAGAUCCAUCCAGAGAUGGUUCUCGCAAUUCUCGGGAGUUAAGUGGUGACACCAAAAGGCUGGGCAGGUACCCACUGUCUCCUGAUAAAAAACAUCUGGACUCUUCCCUUAUGACAGUUGGCUCUUUCAAGAAUGAUGCAUGGAGUAGGUCUCCUGAUAGUGCUACAUCUGGGAGGAAGAAUACUCCCAUUGCUUCCACUGCAGGGUCAAACAGUACCCAUUCUUCAUCCUUAGAUGUAAAUGGACAAAAUGUUUUAGCCACAAGAAGUUUGACCAAGGAUAUUUCUGAUGACGAUGGUGUUUCUGCUCGCACUCUGCCAGGUUUGGUUGAUGAGAUUAUGAAGAAGGGUAGGUGCACAUCAUAUGAAGAGCUAUGUGAUGCUGUUCAUCCGCAUUGGCAUAGCUUGAGGAAGCCAAAUGGCGAACGAUAUGCAUAUUCAAGCCAUUCACAAGCUGUCUUGGACUGUCUGAGGAACAGGAAUGAAUGGUCACAUCUCAUUGAUCGGGGUCCCAAGACAAAUUCAAGUAAGAAAAGGAGAAAGAUUGAUUCUGACACAUCAUACAUAGAAUCUGAGAGCGAAGAUGCCAAAAACAAGGACACGAAAGAGGAAGACGACAAGAAUGGAGAUUCACAUCGAGAAGAUUUCCCAAAGGGCAAGAGGAAAGCCCGGAAACGCAGACACCUGGAACUACACAGUCGAAGUUCAAAAGACAGGAAGAGGCACAAGCAAGAUUUGACGGUUAAUGAUCCGGCAGCACAUUCCCAUUCAAGCAACGAAGACGAUGACAGUGAUGAGGAUGAAAGCCAAGAAGCCAGAUUCCAUGCUGUAGGAACUGAGGUCUCUGCAUCCUCCUCUGAUGAAACCGACUAAUGCUUGUACAAUAUGUGGCGAAUAACAGUAGUAGUUUCAGUCUGAUUGUGACCUUUCUCCAGGUCCAUUAAAGCAUAACCAAUGAGUGAAGAUCUGUCUAAGCCCUCUGCAGUCCCAGGAAUCCCAAGAAAUUUCAGGUCAGGCUAAUGCUAUAGAUGUUAAUCCACACCAAGUCAAAUGCUCAAGCACCGUUACAACACCAGCGUUUGUUACAAAGGGAAUCAAACAUACCAAUGAUGUGGGUUGACUACAUUGUAUAUAUUUUGUAGCCCAGAAUCAACUGUUUGAAAACCUUCAUCUUGUUGUGCCAUCCAUUUCUUCUGUAAAA